UAUAACGGGCCCUUAUUGAUGUUGUCAAUUUAUAGGCUUUUACCUUUAUUGGCCGAUCAACGAUGGCAAUAUAGGCACGGUGCAGCAAUAGCAAUAGCUAAAAUAUUAUCUACUUCUUACUCCAGUAUGUAUGCCCCUCAUUUAAAUAUUUAUCUAUUACUAGGUCGCACUGCUACAGCUCCAGUUCGUGAAACAUGUGCUCAGGCCUUGGGUCACUUUUUGCGCAAGACCGAUUCAGAACGACAGACAGUGAUCCUAUCUCAGCUCCGGUAUGAAUUGCAGAACUGGCACUGUAGACAAAGUGCACUACUUGUAUUUAAAUAUUUCUUUGCCGUUGCCUCUUCUUCUGAGAGCUUUCAUGAUUGCUUUAAUCUGGUAGUGAAGAGCUUGGAUGAUACAGUUGAUGACGUGGUAUCAUGUGCUGUUACGACCUUAUCUUCACUGCUGUCUAAUCCGACAGUAGACGAUGAACGUUCCAGUCUUGUUCAGCAAGUUAUGUCCAAUGUGUGGCAACUGCUCGAGCAAGAAUCUAAGAAAGAACAGCUUCGCUCUGGAUUGGAUGCAUUGGCCGUAGAUUUGAUUAGCAUUGUAGAAACCUGGCUGCGGCUACAAGAGUCGGAUGUUUUAACAAUUUUGAAAUUAUUCUAUCGGGUUCUGUUGUUUUCUGCACCAGCCAAUGACAUGUUGUUAUUAGAAAAUGUAUAUAUCACAUCAAAAGUGGAAAUACGAUUUAGGUCUACCUUGAUCGAAUCAAGGGUGCUUUUGGAAAAACUGGGGCCAUGGGCGGGAUGUUUGCUUUUGGAUCAUCGAAGUGCUGUUAUAGAUGUUUUCACGUAUUGUGUUGAUUCUCGGGCUAGUUCCCGUGAUGAUCCUUUCGAAAGGAUGGCUAGCGAAGAAGUGCGAUGCCUUUCGGAUAAGGAAAAGGACGAUGUGUACAUAACUCGUAAGAUAAUCUCCGCCAAAUUCCUUGCUACUAUCAUUCAUCUGCACUAUGAAAGCGGUAUUGAGGUUAUAUUUAUGACCCACAUUCGGCCCUUUGACAUUUAUACACCCGAAGCCAUCCAAUUGUUAUUUGUUCCGUUUUUACGGUCAAACUUGUUGUAUCAUAAUCUUGGCGCCGCUGUCAUGUUGAACGAGUGGUGGGCCGCUGUAUAUAGAGAUUCUCUUAAUAAUCCUCCUCCUUCAUAUAUUUCAUUUCUCAUUAAGGACUGCAAAGAGUUUGUCGAUUAUUGUGUGAACCGAGGCGUGGAUAGGAGUCAAUUGUGCAUGGGAGAUUCAGUCUCGGCAGAAGAGAUUAGCAAAAUGGCAUUCGAGCGGUGUCUUGGCAUUUUGACUGCUCCCAAUCAUAUCGAGUCACUCACCACUCGUUAUAACGUCCUCGCAGAUACGAUUGAAUUUACAAAACUAGCGGUCAAAACAAACACGGCGAGGGUAACCGCAUUCCUGGCGUCGGCUCUGUUUUAUUUUGGCUUCGCACCAGAAAAAUUAACACCCAUGGUGCGACCGCUUGUUGAGUGUAUGCAAAAUGAACACAAUUCCACUGUAUCUGCAGAAAUUUUUCGUGGUGCAGUCACAUUAAUGAUCGCAUACAGUUGGCCAAGAUCACCGAGACCAUACGUCAAGGUACUGGCUCGUGCCAUGGAUAUGUUUUCCAGCUGCUCUUCUCGUAUACCUAAACCGCAAGAAUGGUAUGGUUCUGUAGAUUGUUUACCUCAUAUUCAAUAUAUUAGUGCCCAAGUUGCAGGUCCUCGAAAGAAGUUUACUGAAAAGUCGAUAUGGGCUUUUGAAUUUCCUUACGAAUUUCAGGAAUUACUAUCACGUUUGGCCUUGCACGAUUGUAUGUGGUCAAGAGUGGGAUCAUCUUUAUCGGACGUGUCUACAUCUCGAAUUAUAGAACUGCUCAAAAGUUCUAACCCAGCUUACAGAUUCGCCGGUGCAAAAGCAGUGGAAACGUUUGCAAGAUCCCGUCUCGGCGAUACAAUUUCCCGUUUACUGUCACCGUUAUCGGAGAUGCUAAACAACGUCUCCGUGGAAAAUGAAAGGCGAGGAGCUAUUGAGGCUCUCCUAAGGUUAUCGUUCAUGCACGCGGCUUUGACUGGUGUGGUAUCAUUAUUAGCACCCUUAGCAUUUGUGCGGAUGACAGAUAAAUUGGAGGAAGUACGUGAUGCGGCUGGUGAGGCGUUUCGCAACAUGGUGCCUUUGUUGGCCUUAGAGGACGUCAGCACUGCUGUACCAGAUCUCAGUGACGAGUUCUCCUUAAAGAGGGUAGAGAGUGCUGAUUUUGUUAACGUCCUUUCUGCACCAGGACGUUUGGCGUUAGUUGAAACGAAGACAAUUCAUGGUUUAUGCAAAACCAUCCAGUUGAGGCAUUAUCAGGCCGAAGGAAUCACGUGGAUGAGAUUCCUGCGGAAGUUCGGGCUACAUGGCAUUUUGGCAGACGAUAUGGGCCUUGGAAAGACACUUCAAACGUUGUGUGCUUUGGCGCUAUCACUUGAUAACGAUACGAAUCUGAUAAGUCGCUGUUCCUUAAUAAUUUGCCCACGGACACUUGUGGACCAUUGGUGCAAUGAGUGGCGCCGAUUCUUCCCUGGUAGAGCGCCAGCUCGUCACGUUGAAGGGAUGCCAGUAAAAUGGAAGUCUGCCGAGAUUGUUGUUGCUGCAUACGAGGACCUCAAAGCGAAUUCUUCUCUGGGGCGUAUUGCAUGGAAUUAUGUUGUCUUGGAUGAAGGACAUGUCUUAAGAAAUCCCAAGACUGCAAUCUGGCGAGCAGCAAAUGAGUUGAAUUCCACCAGUCGUUUGAUACUUUCUGGUACUCCAGUGCAGAAUAGUCCUGCCGAUUUAUGGGCUCUCUUCACAUGGUUGAUGCCUGGCUAUCUGGGGGAUGAACGUCAUUUUCGCUCCCGAUUCCUUCGUAAAAUCCUCAAGUGCCGUAGUCACAGAGCCAACGAAAGAGAUAUACAGGACGGAUCAGAAGCUAUUUCGCAGCUUCACCGGUUGAUACUACCAUUUAUCAUGCGUCGGCUCAAAUCUGAGGUUCUUCGUGAGUUGCCCGAUAAGAAUGUCCAAGAUUAUGAGUGUCAGUUGAGCGAGGAACAACGGACAAUUUAUAAAUUCAUUGUUGACAGGUGUACUGCUAAUCGUACUCAAUUGGCUGCUCGACGAGGUAUUUCCCCACUUCAUGCACUAAUGGCUCUUCGGCAACUCGUCGACCAUCCUUUGCUGAUACAAGAUGUCCUGAUGAAAUUAGCUGCCCCGGAGGAAAUUAUGAAACUGGUUCCCAAUGCAUCAUCGGGCAAAAUCGCGGCUCUAGGUCAACUGUUGAGUGAAUGCGGUAUUGGAGUUACUAUCGAGGAAAAAGAUCCCGAGGACGAAAAUCCACUUUCGUCUAUACCUGUGGAGUUGCCUCAUAGAGCUCUGAUAUUCUGUCAGUGGAAGUCUUCUGUACAGUUGGUAUCAAAUGCUUUAACAAGGUUGGAAUAUAACUUUGAAUUAAUUGGUGGCGUUGGAUUAAAUCUAACUGGAGCCGAUGUAGUAAUCUUUUUGGACCAUGACUGGAACCCUAUGAAGGACCUGCAAGCUAUCGACAGAGCCCACAGGAUUGGUCAAACCCGCAAAGUCAAUGUUUACCGCCUUAUUACGCAGGGAACCAUUGAGGCCAAAGUGAUGAGCUUACAUAAGUUCAAGCAGGAUACAGCAGACGCGCUGAUUGGUGCUGAUAAUCGCUCACUCCAAACGAUGGCCACCGAUGAACUGAUGAACAUGUUCGUUCUAGAUGGAGAUCAGCCAUCUAAGGAAAAUGGUGGUCCUGAAGCCAAAAAACGGAGGAAAACUGCACGAUGGAAUUUGGCUGAAUUAUGGGAUGAGAGUCAGUACGAACAGCAGUUUGAUGUGUCCCAAUUCAUAAAGGAAGCUGUUUAG